AGGGGAAAUGUUUCAUGUAUAGUAGUAGAUGGGCCGAUAAGGAUAAGGACUUUGGGAGCAUGGACUUGGGAAUCGAUGUCCAAUCUGUAGAUGUAACUAUACAAUGACUUUCUUUCCAUUUAUGAAAUCCGAUCGAUGAUCUGGAUACUUGAUUAUAUGACAGAUGUCAGAUCGGAUCGGCGGUGCCUGAUAUGGAUUCCUGAGGCUUGUCCAAAGCUUGGCGUUUAUUUUCCAUUUUCCAUUUUCGUCUUUUUCGUCUUUCUUCUUCUUCUCUAUCUUCUCCUUUGUCUUUUUCUGUCUUUUUCAAUCUUAUUUCGGUCUUUUCUUGGGACUCAUCGUUUCGCAUCGUUUGAGGUCCAAUCGGGGUGCAAUCGGCACGUUCUGUCCUUACUCCAUUCCUUGUACACCGUACAGCCUCGUGGUUAUUCGUCUGCCUUGAUCUCUGACCAGACUGCUUUCCUUUCGAUGGGACACCUCACCACCACCAACACCCAUUGAUUCAUCCAUUUUUGGCCAUUUUACUCUCUUCUUGGUCGCCUACCCCUGAUUGUUCAUUGACACCGUCGAGCCAAGACGCGACAAUCUUUGGUUCCAGGGGUUGAUCGUCAGUUUCGGGGCAAAAUUGGCGGCGGCAACAGAUCAUCCGCCCGGUCUGGCCAAGUCUUGAUCGCCUCUUGGACUGCAGAAGA